CGUAGCGUGUGAAUGUGAUUAUGCCAAAGUGACCACGCGGCCGGCAAGCCAUCAGCCUUUCAGACCAGAGUCGUCAUCAUCUUCCCUGAGUUCCCUCCUGCUCCUCCGCUGUUGCUUUGCAGGCAAGUCUGGUCUCUGCCGCGACAAAGCAAGGAAUCCGACGCAGCAACAACGGUUAGGUUACAGCACAAGCACGGCGAUCCCAAAACCGACCCAAGAACCGGACGUGUGCACAAACCUCUCCCGAUCUCUCCGCGCGCAAUGGCCGGCGCAACCCCAAUCCCCGCGCAAACCAGCCAUGUCUCUGCGAGGGCGAGGCCAAUCCCUCCUGGCCUCGUGCCCGUGGCCGUGCUGCUCGCCGCCGCCAUCGGCCUUCUCGCCCUGCUGCCUUCCCUGGCUCAGGCUGUGUGGGAGGUGCCCCACCUCUUCCUCCUCGGCCUCGUCAUCUCCUACGGCGUUUUCGUCCACAAGAGCGCCGACGCCGACGGCAAUGACAAUGGAGCCAAGGAGGGCUCCCUGGCGUGGAACUCCCGGUACCACCCCGAGGACGCCCUCGUCGUGGUCACCGAUCACGCGGCGCCAAGUGACGACUGCCAGGAACGCGCAAGGGAGAGGCCGCUUUCCUUGCCUGUGCGGAGGCUGAGGCCGGCGGCGCAAGAAUCCGAAACCGGCAAUGCCAGCGAUGGAAUUGGUGAAGAGACGGACAGCUCUGCGUCCUCGUCAGGGUUCUGGGCCGGUGCGCGCGCCGCCCCUUCGCCGCCAUCUGUUCUUGACGCUGACUUGGGUCUUUCUCCAAGCUCAGAGCCACAGUCUCCGCCGUUCUUCGUCCACAGCACCAACAAGUCCCGUCGGUCCAACGCCGCGACGCCGUCCACCAUGUCCAGGGGCCUCCAAUGUUACCAUCAUUCGAUGCCCGGCGACCAACCGUUAAGCGACGACGGCGAGGUCACCGACUGGGAUGAGGAGGCUGACGGGUCGGAUGAGAUGACCGUGCCGUCAGAGAGGUCGUUCCGUGGCGACUUCAGUAUUUGUGCCAAUGACGGCAAUGAUCACAGUGACGGUGACUCGUCUGCUGACGAAGAGCUUCUCAAGCUGGCGACGAAGGCUGCGGCGGCGGAGGGGGAGGACGAGGUGGACAAGAAGGCCGACGAGUUCAUCGCCAAGUUUAGGGAGCAGAUCAGGCUGCAGAAACUUUAGCCGGUCACGGUAUGUCCGCCGAGCGCCGAGCGCCCACCACAUACAUACCACUACGAAUGGAGAGUGCACUAGUAAUUUGCGCCAUUUUUCGUACAUCUGCUCAUGUUUUAGGUCAUGUUUGAUAUAGCUGAAAUUUAUAAGUUUUUGCUAAAAGUUAUUUAUAGCUUAUGUAAAAAACUAUUGAUUUUAUAAGAAAAUUUUAAAUUCUCAGAA